AUGCAUGAAAACGGUACCCUCAUGCAUCGUUUGUUACCUUCCAUUUCAGAAGGCCGCGUGUACCCCCACCCAUACGACGUUACCAGCUGGUCCGAGGACAUACGUCUUUGGCCUUCUAUCAGGAUCCCAGAUAUUUUUUACUACCUGGUACACACAAAAGCCUGCGACCUGCAAGAUGUGAAAGCCUACCGGAGUCUGGAGUCUUUCAACUACUUGCAAAGUGGCUGGGUUGGAAACCUCUCUGUCCACCAGAUUGACGAAGAAUUCUCCUUCGUGAGAGGACAGAUCACGCCUUCGCAGAGCGUGAACCAGGCCUUCCACACUGCUUGGGUCUGUGCCAAAGACUGUGGAGAGAUUGUGACAGGUGGCUGUACCUGCAUGGCAGGCCAAGCGAGAGUAUGUGGCCAUGUUGGAGCAAUUCUAUGGAAAGUGGACUUCGCUGUGACAAAGGGACUGACAGGCUUGGCUUGCACAGAUGUUGCAGCGAAAUGGAAUCGGGGGACAAAGCACAACGUGGAGCCAGCUAGGCUCGCAGACAUCACAUUCCAUCUGCAGAAGAGGACUGUGGACCCAGCACCAAACAAGUUGCGGCUUCAACCACUUCUGAUGGCCAUGGAUGAAGCACAGAUAAGAGACCUCCACAGGAACUCGUCAUUCAAAGACCUCUUCAACAUACCAGGUACAGAGGCUGCUCUAUUUCAUGCAGGAACGCUGCUGCACAAGACAUUCAACGCUCCGCGACGCGAAGAAGCUCCAGUUGCAGCUGGUGAUGCUGCUGUGCCCUGCCAUGGUAGCCACCUUGCCACGGACGACCUGCCUGUAACCUGUACACCUUGCAGAGAGUUCUACUCAAACUAUGUUGCCAUCAGUCCAGCAGCUGCGGCAGCCCUGGAAGAAUCCACAAGGAGCCAGCAGACACCGAUGUGGUUCUUGGCACGGCGGCUGCGAUUAACCGCAUCAAACGCAAACAAAGUUCCCAAAACAGAAAAAACUUCCUGCGAGAAUGCAGUGAAAACUAUGCUGUGCCCAACAUUCACAGGGAACGCUGCAACCAGGCAUGGACAAAUACAUGAGCCAGUGGCACGGGCCCAGUUUACUCGGUAUCAUGGAGCGAAUGUAUCGCAGUGCGGCAUGUUUGUGUGCAAGGAGCUGCCAUGGCUCUCGGCAACACCGGACGGUGUGAUUGGAGAGGCCCUGUUGGAAAUCAAGUGUCCAAAUACAGAUAACUGUAAGGAGAUGAUGAAGAGUGCGAAGAGCAAGUACGAUGUACGAGAGAGAUCACAGAAGCCCUCCCAGACCUCGCUUGACGACGACGAGUACUUCUUUGCCAACAACCAGUACUUCAAGACGGACAACAAGAAGUACUACCUCGCAGAGAAGGGGCCCAAAGGCUACUAUUGUCAAGUGCAAUUUCAAAUGUUUUGCACCGGUCAGCGACUUUGUUUUUUUUAUUUGUGGACCCUUCACGCCCAGAUUCUUUUGGGGAUAGCAUUCAAUGAGGAGUGUGUCUACAAAAUGAUGCUAAGGCUUAGGAACUUUUACUUUCGUGAGCUCCUGCCAAGGAUUGAGGAACUCCACCGCCGGGAAGAGCUGGAAAUUUCCGACGUAUACAAGGAGCUAUGUGGUCGUUAG